AUGUCAGUUCAAGACUUUCCUCGAGGAUGCCCAUUCUUCGAGAGUUCCGACGAGGAGAUUCGUCUUGUCGAGUCCACUAAGCCAGUGGUAGAGGAUUUGCCGCCGGAAUUCGACGCCCGUCAAAAGUUCAACUAUUGCCGCGAUAUCAUUGGUCAUGUGGUUCAGCAGCCUGUCCCUCCAUGUCGAACAACAUGCACCAACAAGGCAUAUAAGAAAAGCUUAGAGAAAGAUGUUCACCGAGCGAAAAGCUGGAGGAAAGUAUUAAAUGAUGCUCAGAGCAUCAAGCAGGAGAUAUUUGAUAAUGGCCCAGUCUUGAGCUCCUUCAAAAUGUACGAAGAUUUCAGAUAUUACAAGUCUGGAGUUUACGUGCCAACGACCAAGGAAUCCAGCACCUCGCAUUCAAUCAAAAUUAUUGGCUGGGGAGGUGCUUCCGGUCGAGAAUAUUGGUUGGCGGUGAAUUCGUGGAACGAAGAGUGGGGAGAUCAUGGACUAAUAAAGAUGGCAUUUGGGAAGAAUCGUUUGGAAAAAAUAGUACUUUCUAUAGAGCCAGAUAUGUGA